GGGGGGGAAACCGGGCGGGAGGCUGGGACUGCGCGGGGACCCCGAGGGCAGCGCGGAGAGAGAGAGCAUCGGGUGAAAGAGAAGGAGGAGGAGGAGGAGGAGGAAGAAGGAGGCUGGGGGAGGCCGGGGGGGGGCCGGGCCAUGGCUGCGCUGCUGAGCACCUACCCCUGGCCGGAGAGGUUGGAAGGGGAGGCUGCGGAGGGGCUGCAAGCGGGGCCGCCCCCGAGCCGCUGCCCCCCGGGGGAGAAGAGCGCCGAGAGCCGCAUCCGCCGCCCCAUGAACGCCUUCAUGGUGUGGGCGAAGGACGAGAGGAAGAGGCUGGCGGUGCAAAACCCCGACCUGCACAACGCGGAGCUCAGCAAGAUGCUCGGCAAGUCCUGGAAGGCGCUGAGCCUCUCGCAGAAGCGACCCUACGUGGAGGAGGCCGAGCGGCUGCGGGUCAAGCACAUGCAAGAUUACCCCAACUACAAGUACCGGCCCCGAAGGAAGAAGCAGGUCAAGAGGAUCUGCAAGCGGGUGGACCCCGGGUUUUUGCUGGGCAGCCUGGCACGGGACCAAAACGCCGUGCCCGAGAAGCGGACCUGCGGCCGGGCUGGGGGCGAGAAAGAGGGGCCGGGUGAGUACCCCCCUCGCCCGGGGCUGCCCCCUGUCCGGGGCUACCGGGAUCCCCCGGGGAGCAGCAGCGGCACCAGCGUGGACACGUACCCCUACGGGCUGCCCACCCCUCCCGAAAUGUCUCCGUUGGAUGCCAUAGACCCCGAGCAGAGCUUCUUCUCCUCGCCCUGCCCCGACGAGCAUCACCGCUCCCACCUCGCCGCCGGAGCCCCCUUCUCCCCGGAGUACCCGGGCAGCUCCCUCCCGUGCAACCACCACCCGCUCAGCCCCAUGCCACAGCCGGCCACCUGCAUGAUGCCUUCGGCCUCCGCCUGCCCUCCUCUUCCUCCUAGCAGCUACUACACGGCCGCCUUCCCCCCGCUGCAGGCCCCCGGCCUCCACGCCCACCUGGGCCAGCUCUCCCCGCCGCCCGACCACCACGGCUUUGACACCUUGGACCAGCUGAGCCAAGCCGAGCUGCUGGGGGAGAUGGACCGCAACGAAUUCGACCAAUAUCUCAACAACCCUGGCCACGGCGAGCACCACGCCGGGGCUUUGGCCAGUGGACACGUCCCGGCAGUCUCGGCGGCCGGUGGGUCCCAGGCGGCGGAGACCAGCCUCAUCUCCGUCCUUGCUGAUGCCACGGCCACCUACUACAACAACUACAGCGUCUCCUAGACCCUGCGGCCGCCUGGACCGGCCGAGGAAGGACCCAACAGUAUUACAAGGCGUUGGUCCCCUGGGGACGUCGCUCGCCUUCCCCCUCAGGGCGUCCGAGUCCGAACGGCGAGGGCCAUGGAGUCUCCUCGGGGGCUUAGGUAAAGGAUUUCGGUCGUCAGCUUGCCACCGGGUGCAAAGCGUUGGGUGCCCUGCUCCGAAACGGCCAGGGGGGAGUUCUUGGUGCCAAAGCCCCUCUUCUGAAGUAGAGAUGCUCCCAGGAGCAUGGGGAGGCUGCAUCCUGUUUUGGGGCACCCUCAGCUCUGCUUUGGAGUUGGGAGGGUGGCGGCAUCCCGCCAACGGCAUGGACGAAAUGAAACCCCUUGGAAAGGGAGCAGGCAGGGAUGGGUGGGGAAAAAAAAAAGGAAGAUUUUGGUAAAUGGACACAGGAUCCGCGUGCGUGUUGUGCCCCGUGUCCCUGCCCUGGGCUUUGAGCCCAGGUGAGCAGCGCUGCCCCACGUCCAUGCACUCGGUGUUGGUGGUGCUGUGGCAACCCCAAUCAUCCUGGGUGCACCGGUGGGGUUAAACCAGCCCCGUCCCCCUGUCCCUAAACGCUUCAUUUUGUCCCAAGGGGUGUCUUCCCCCCUGGGGACAUCCCAGAGGAUGGGACAUCAGGGAUGCUGCCAGCCCAGGGCACAAUCUCCAUGUAUGAAAUUGGGAUUGUGGGGCAGGAUCGGGCUGGUGCCAACACCCGCACAGCUCCCCCUUGGCCUCCUGGCAAAAGCGCUCCCAAAACGGGAGCGGCGGGGGUCCUGCUCCCUGCCGGGCCAGGAAAACGUCUUCAGAUGAGCACUUUGGCAAAGAGGUGAUGAUGUAGCAGACACGUUUUUAUCAAACAUCCUUUGAAGGCGAACGCUUAAUGUUCCGAGCCGCAGUGCCCAAUGCCUCCUCUAACUCCAGCGUAUUAUUGCCUGUAAUAAAGCUGUACAUUGAUUUAUUCCUUCCAUUAUUCCUCCCCUUGGAUUUUGUAUUGCUCGAGUUCUCUUUCUUUUCAUAAAGAUGAAGCUUUAUUUUAAAUCAGUUAUAUGACAUGAUUAAUCUUAGUGUUUACUGUAUGGCACUUGGUAAUGAUUAGUUAGUAGCGUGGCUAUGAUUUUCUGGUUUCAGUCCCAAACGUGUAUUAAUAAUAAUUGCAAAUAAUACUUAAAAAACACAACUUCACAAGUUUUUAAGCUAAUACAUUCCAUCUUUUUUGUGUGACUCUAUGCAUUUUGAAUGAGUGUAGAUAUGAGUUUGCAUAAAAUAUUUAAUUUAAAUAAAUGUUUUUAUACAAUGAUUGUUUUAUGAUUUAAAUUGCUGUAGCUAUUGACAAAGUUUUCAAAGGAGAAACAUUUCCUGUGCGAGUGCUAUUAUUUUAAAUUUUUUUGUUGUUGUUGUUUUUGGUAUUUUCAG